AAGUGUUUUUAGACAUUCAAGUUGGAGAGAAUACACCCAAACGACUCGUCAUAGAGCUCUUUGUUAGUUUGACGAUGAAAACUUCCUGGCUCGUCAUACUGGGGCAAGAAUCCUCUCUAUGGCUAACUCGGGACCAAACACUAAUGAGUCUCAAUUCAUGA